UGUUUUAAAUAAUUAAUGUUAAAAAUAAAAAACAAAAAAAUAUUUUCCGAAAGAAAAUAUAAAAUUAAAGUUAUGUGAAAAAGCUCAUCAAAAUCUGUGGAGAUAUUAAAAAAAAAAAAAAAAUAAAAAUCAUCGGAUUAAUUAUUCCAAUAAUAAAAAAAUAGUAUUUUCAAAAUAAAUGCCAAUAAAAUAAAAAUAUAAAUUCCAAUGAAAUACUAAAUUUUCAAAAUAAUUAAAAAAAAUAAUAGAAUAAAAGUCCUUCAUUAUCCUGUGAAUAUUUGUUGAAUACGACUCGUGUUUCUUCAGCUCCCAUAUAACUGGAAUACGAUAUUGGAUUUAUCGACAUAUCUUAAUGGAUUACAAACACUUAAGUUAAGGAAUAUUCUGCGAAGUGCAGUUUGAAGGCCUGGCUGAACAGUGAAUGGCAGCAGCAACUACUGGUGCCGCCGCCGAUGGUGAAAAAAACCACCCCAUUGCAAGCGAAAAAUAAAACCAACAAAGCCCAAAGGUCAGCAAUUGCAUGUGGAGGGGCGAGCUUCCGGCCAGCAGUUUUACUAGCCUAGUCUCACAAAAUACAUUCGGAAUAAAAAGGGAACAAAACAACCCAGAAACGACUUCCUCUGCCUCGGGAGCAUAAAUUCAUAUAAAUCAAAAAUGUCAAUUUCCACAAGCCAAGUGUAAAAGUUUCUGCGGCGAUAAAAUGAAUCUGAACAUCCUUACCCCCCAAAUGGAACGGGUGCCGGCCAUUGAUGAGAUAAUUCAUGUGGCCAGUGGCCUAACAACGAACUUUACCCGCAAUGUGUUUGGCAUAGCCAAUUCCACAAUGAAACUAUUAAAUAGCCCUGCGAAUGACACCAACUCCGCCACCAUAUCUCCACCCCUGUCAGACAUGAGUGAUAAUAGUGGGGAUACAACGAUAACCACGACCACCGCCCGUCACUGGCUACUGCAUGAGGGAUAUUUGGUCAACAGCAGCUAUGCCUUUCUCACCAAUCUGUCGUACACCAAACCCCAUGUCUAUGUCCCCGCCAGCACUCUGCCCGCCAUUGAAGAUGACGAAAUACGACUGGAACAUGCCCCUCAACUAUCCAAAUCGGCCAUGAUUAAGGUUUACGUUUUAAGUUUGAUGGCCCUCUUCUCACUGCUCGGCAAUGUGCUUACCAUGUGGAACAUUUACAAGACCCGCAUGGCCAGACGCAAUUCCCGUCACAGUUGGAGUGCCAUCUAUUCGUUGAUAUUCCAUCUCUCGAUUGCGGAUGUUUUGGUAACUGGCUUUUGUAUAAUCGGUGAGGCGGCCUGGUGUUACACCGUCCAGUGGCUGGCCAAUGAGCUGACCUGCAAACUGGUGAAGCUGUUUCAAAUGUUCAGCCUGUAUUUGUCCACUUAUGUGCUGGUCCUAAUUGGCAUAGAUCGUUGGAUAGCUGUGAAGUAUCCGAUGAAGUCGCUGAACAUGGCCAAGCGAUGUUAUCGUCUGCUGGGUGGAACGUAUAUCCUGUCGUUUAUUCUGAGUUUGCCACAGUUUUUCAUAUUUCAUGUGGCGCGUGGUCCAUUUGUGGAAGAAUUCUAUCAAUGCGUGACACAUGGCUUUUACACCGCCGAAUGGCAGGAGCAGCUUUACGCAACAUUUACUUUAGUUUUUACAUUCCUGCUGCCGCUGUGUAUACUCUUCGGAAGCUACAUGUCGACAUUUCGCACCAUUUCAAGUAGUGAAAAAAUGUUCCAAGGCUCAAAAUUGGCCGACUAUACCAACAAACCUUCGAGCAAAACAAAUCGCCAACGUCUGAUACACAAGGCGAAAAUGAAGUCACUGCGCAUCUCGGUGGUCAUCAUCAUUGCCUUUCUCAUCUGCUGGACGCCGUACAAUGUCAUGAUGUUGAUAUUCAUGUUCUGGAAUCCGGACAAGAGAUUCGGUGAAGAUUUACAAUCGGCCAUAUUCUUUUUCGGCAUGUCCAACAGUUUGGUCAAUCCCCUCAUCUACGGAGCCUUCCACCUCUGUCCCAUGAAACGGAAGACCAGCAAAAAGGGCAACAACAACAAUGGCAACUAUAGCCUCAACAGAGGUGACUCACAAAGGACCCCCUCCAUGUUGACUGCCGUGACACAAAUCGAUUGCAAUGGCCGCCAGGUGAGAACAUAUCGCCAGCCGAGUUACUAUCGCAGCAUCAGUACGGGUAGCAAUUACAAGGAGAAUAUUGGUCUACUGCAGACGCCAACAAAUAAUGGUGGUGGCACUCCCACACCCGGUCUAAUACGGAAAUCGGCCUCCAUGAGAAGUCCCCACCCGAACCAGAGAUCAAUGGUACACACUGCAGGAAGUAGACGGAAUUUUAAUCAACCGUUAAGAGCUGGCGUCAUGGACGAUUACGAUAAUCAGCGACAGUAUCACAACCAUUCCAGCGAAAUAAUCCUCAAUGACAAUUCCAGCAAUGACGCCGGUCCUGUUGUGGUCAGUGAAGGCCAAGCCGUUUCCAUUGUACUGAGCUAUGACAACCAACGUGGAGGUGUGGCAGCAAUGAAACGCUCCAAUACAGGUUCCAUAAGCCCAACGGCAGCACCCUUCACCGCACCAAAGAAUGGUUAUCGAACAGCGAAUAAUCUUUCCAACACCCUAGGCAUUGGUCCAGCCACCUACGGCAAUUGUGGCAACGACAGUGUAUCGAGUGUAUGAGACAUAAUGUAUGGAUGGAACCCGGAGGAGUUUUCACAUCACCCGACAACAAUUAGAGACUGGUUUUAAAAAACAAAAAUGACAAACAAUUGUUUUCCAAAAACAAGGUUGUAACUUAGCCACGAUGACCACCCCCAACAAAAAAACAGCGACAACAUUUUUUUUUCUGUAGCCAAGCGAAAAAAAAAACUUUAAAGUAAACCAAAAAUUGAAAAUGAAAAAUUUAAAAUUAUUUUUAUAUAUACUGUAGUUUGUAAUGAAAAAAAUAUAUAUUUAGUAAUAAUAUUUUUAUUUAAAAUACAUUUCUAAUUGUGGUUAAUUACUUUUAAUAUUACAGGGUCUAUAC